AUGCCUCUUGAGUCAGGAAAGGUGCAGUCUUUGAUCGCUAAAGUGCCAGAAGGCAAGUGGCUGAAGUUGUCGAGCAGUGCCAUCGAAGAGUGGCUCCACUUCGUUGCGGACGCAAGCGAGCCAAUCAGCCACGACGAGGUGUUUCAUGCCAGUGUCGCCCGAGUGAUGUCCGAACAGAUGGGCUCAGCAGCGCCGUCGGACUUCGCGGACCCGCAGAUGCGCACUUUCAUCAUCGAAGGUAUCCGCGCAAACACCACGCCGUUCCAAGACGACCCGGAGGGAUCGGAGUGGAAAUAUGUGCGACUCACCCCUGCGCACAUCACGGCUGCUCUUAAAGUGCAAGCUCGGGCAGCAGGGUCUCAGAGCAACGGCCCGGCUGGCAGCGUUGAGCCUGGCACCGGGACCUCGCCAGAGCACCUGGCGAAGGCGAUCGAGGCGCUUGCAAAGGCAACGCAGAAGCGAGACCAGCCCAAGAAGGAAUGCUUGUCUUUCAACCUGAAACAGCGCCUGGACGAGCUCGGUCUCGGGAAUCCCCCUACAGAUAGGAUGCCCUCGGAGGAGGCUAUGAUUCGGUUGGAGAAAGCCAGCAAGGUCGCACGGGACCAGGGCCGCCUUUAUAUUGGGUCGGCAGAGGGAGAGGACCUCCAAGUCUCCUUUCGCCCGCCGUGGUCGCGCGCACCCAAGAUCGACGUGACCGUCGGCGACGGCAGCUUCGAGGAGAAGCUGCGCAGCGCGGUAGAGGCGAAGAAACCGAGGAGCUUGGAGGACAGGGCCACUUUUGUAGGAUUCGCUACGUUCUAUGGACAUAUCCUGGACUGGGGCGUGAAGAUGGCCCUCACGAAGGCCAUCGCCUCCACGCAGUUGCUCGCGUACCAGAUCGUGCUCACCCGGGUGGCAGAAGAACGCGGCGGCUUCAGGGUGUGCACACACUGCGAUCUCUUGCUCAGACAGAAGCUCGCCCGGGAGCUUGAAAGGGACGAGCGGACGCAGAUGGAGACGCUCUUGUGCACUCUGGACCGGGACGUGCUGGCGGACGCGAAGAACAGCGCUGAAAAGCGCGUGAAAGAGACCGCGAAGGCGGCCACGAAGACGGGCCAGGCCUCUGGAGGCGGCAAGGGGCCCCCCAAGGGAGGCAAGCUGCCCGCCCAGCACCUCAAGGGGCGCCAGGGGAACGCUGACUGGUAUGCCAAGAAGUGGGACAACACCAAGAAGGGCGACAAGAAGUGGUGA